UCCACGCUUGAGGGGCUUUCAGUGUGUAAACGAUCACUGGUCUCACUGUAGUCGGUCAGCUAACUUGGGUCUCUCUCCCUCCACGGAUUACACACGGGAGGUUAACGCUAGACUCGAGUCUCCUAGCUGCCGGUUCCUUGGUUAGGCCAGAUUGAUUCCUCUCAGCCGUUGUGUUGGCUCCGUUCGCGCAUGGUAGAAACGUUGGAUUGACAGAGCGCUAAGAGUAGGCACUAGCGUGGCACCAGAGUACCAUGACAGAUCGGGACCCCGAUUCUUCCAGGAAUUUGUUGGAAGGAAAACAGAACAAUCUCCACAGAGUUAACAACUGCGCCAUGAAGUCGGAAAAAUAUCUCGAGGACUAUGAACGCUUGAGGUCCAAAUUGGCCCAAGUAACAUGCUAUUUGUACGGUUUGGCGGCCGUUGUUGUAGCCGGUAUGCUGAUCCUUAUUGUCAUUGUAGCCGUGUUGUAUGGAAAACUCAGUUACGACGUUGCUCACCAUUCGCACCAGCCCAAGGUCGGGGAACAGAUCGCCAAAAUUCUUGAACGAGGGAAAUUAUGUUUACCGUGUAAUGAACUCCGUCUAGGACCAAGUCCUGAGGAAGAGAAUAUGUUGAACAAGUUCACACGAGAGGAACACGACAACGUGGAAAAAUGCUGUGUUGAAACUCCCUCACAACUCUUAGAACUACUGGAAUUGUUCAUCGAGAGGACGUAUAGAGAAGAAAUGGCGAAAGGCAAUAUCAAGGUGCCCAGUAGCCGCAGCAUGGGCUCGGCCACGGACGUGGACAGACCGGCCGCCCACCUGAUGGGGGAUGUUCAACGUAUGGAUCAAACCCAAGUUCCAGGCAAGCAGUUCCCCAUCUCGAGCUGGAUCUACUCCACGGACCUUGCCUUCAGCGACCACGUCAGCUACCGCCACGGCCGCAUCGUGGUUCCCAGCGACGGCCUCUUCUACGUCUACAGCCAAGUUUCCUUCCUCGAGGUGUUCAACAUCCACAGUGAUGGUAGCAGCAGCUCCUACAGCACGGAGUCCCCCUCCCUGUCCCACUAUCUCUACCGCUACAACAUCAUCUACCCCCACGGCGGCGAGGAGACGCUCAUCCAGAACUCCAUCACAAAGUGCUGGGGACAGAACAAGGCCUUCGGAGAGUACACUAGCUACCUUGGAGCUGUGUUCCAUCUCCGCCAAGGCGAUGAAGUGUUUGUGAAGGUCUCCAAUAUCACCAUGGUCUCCAGAGAUCCUAAGUCUAACUAUUUUGGCUUGUUCAAGCUCUGAGGUUGAACAAGACUGUAUGUUACGUUUGUGAGAUUGCAUGACGCUUCUUCUGGAAGACCCAAGUGUGAAUGAAAAUGUGUGUUUGAACUGAAUCUAAUUCUGUGACAUGAAUGUGAUAUUUUGGAAAAAUGCUCUAUUUCUGGAUGAUCUUGUCAUCGCUAUAUGCAUGUAAAAGAGUGCAAAGAGUUAUAAAACUAUUCGAAUACGAAUCCAUUGUAAAAUACCAUUGUUCCUAAUGCUCUAUUAUGUUGUUGAUUGUUGUUCCCGUUAGCAAAGGACUAGUUAUGUGUAAUACAUCUUGAGUGUCGUUGCCAUCAGGGCUGUGUAACUCGUCAGCGUCCAUAUUCAUGUCUUUGUUGGACAGGCAUUACCGAAACGCAGAACACGUGACAUCUGACGUCAUUCAUUACAUCAUCUCAAUCACGCUGUCUCGAGAGUAUGAAGUCUAGGUCUUCAAUGGGCAUUGGUCUAAGAGGCCGUUGCUGGUCAUAUGGAAGACGUUUAUCAGAUUCUAAGUCCAUUAACUGCUGACAAUGGUGCUUGUUACUCGUCCCAGAUUCCUGUUCACACGUUCUGUCUCCACUCUGCCAAAUUACACCAAUUUUGCAGAGGAUCCUUUGUUCUCUAUUUUGUCUCCGGUUGCUUGCUGUCCACCAACUGUCUGUAUAUCUUGUGAACGUAUUUAUCAGCAUCGUUAGGUACGUGGUUGACAGCGGUGAUUCUGGGUUAGAAUUAGGCCCCAGCAACCUGUGCAGGUCGAUAUAAGCGACGGAAUGGAUCGGGAAAGUCAGGAACACUGAGUUGGUUCACUGGUUGUCAUUGUUUCCGAUAAUUAACAGACCCUGGUCCUACACCAGGAACAUGCGCGAGUGUGGCGUUAAACACAGAUACGUGGUCCUGAAGUACACAAAGUACAUUGCACAAAUACACCAAUACAUUGGAGUAAGUAUACAUCACCGACAAGUGUCUAAACCAACAUCAUCAAAACCCGGCUUGCUGUUUCACGGACGGGUUUACGGAUGGCGAAUGUUACUCAUCACAUGAAUGCCAGUGUAGGUCUUCUUUAUGGGUUGCUGCAACGUUCCUAACACUGCUGAUCAAUAAGAUUUUGGACGUGAUCAGUUGAGACAUAAUUCCACAUCUGUUUCGAAUCUACCAAUGAGCGAUUGCCGUAUCGGCGCUUUGUCCACAUAAGCGAUGAACCAAUGUUACCACUGACAAGAGUCAUUGACUCUUCUUCAACCACGGAUGUCAGGUUAGUUAAGGAAAGCGCCAUGUUAUCAUUAAACAUCGGUCUGUGUUCCCAAGGGGCAUCUGUUCAUUUGGCUGGACAGUCGUUUCGGUGGCCUCAAUCCCCCUUUAUGACAGAUAGGAAAUCAUGCUAUAAUUAUAUUAGGGCAAUUCGUCCUUCAGUUGGCUUUCCCUUGUAUCCGGUCGUGUGUUUAACAUAGGACAGUGAAGCAUAAAGGCUCAUGUCCUUAAAGAAAGUAGUUUUUGUUUUGUUAAUGUCAAAUUUGUAUUGUUAUUUACUGCAUUAUGCCGUAAAUAUGGUGAUAUAUUCUCAGCAUCUGUUCAUCUGUAUUGACUGAACUAUAUUGUAUAGUGUGAACUGGUUUAUUUGAUAAACGUGUGUUUAUCAUUGCUCAUAUACAAGUGUGUAUUGAACAUCGUUGGAUCACAACUCCAUGAAACAGCGAUAAUCUAUUGUACUUUAUGACAUUGUUGAUUAUGUAUUGUAAAUAGAUAUUUGGUGAAAUGCUCUAAAAUUUGCAUUUGAGUGAAGAAAAAUAAUAAUAUAUUUGAGUUGGAAAAUGAUUGUUUGUUGAUUCUUGAAGCUGCUUUAUUUUGAGAACAAAAUUAUUUGCGAUGGAAUAUCAGAGACCCUUCAUCCCCAUACAAGGAAUAAUAAGUUGCCAGCACUAAAUUAUGUAGUGUUUACGAUUAUGGCACAUGUAGACCUUGAUUUGGACGAUUAUUUGUACGUAGAUGUAAGUAAAUGACUAAAAACGCCUAAAAAUGUCUGAUAUAUCAAAGCUUGUAUAGUGUCAACAUUAAACUCUCACAAAUAUACCAGUGUAUCAGAGUGUACGUUUCAUUGAGGGUUUACUCAUCAAUGGUGUUUAAGUAGGUAUAUACAAGUAUUCAUUCAUCUCACAUGUUCUGUAUUCUGCCGUGUAUGUGUUUAUAACGGUAUAAUUUCAUAGUUUUGUAGGCGCCCAAAACGGAUAAAUCUCCCUUGUCGUAAUAGAAGGCUAGUGUACCUUUAGCUCUCUAUGUGGUAUUUAUAUCUCUCCAUUCUAUUGGUUGCAUUGCUCACGUGACCAGUAACCUUGACAUUGUAAAUAACGUCGCUUCAUUUUUCGCCUUGUGACGAAAGUAAAGAUCUCCACAAUGGUUGAAGUAGGGUGUUCAGAAAAGUACAUUCCAGCAUCCUGCAUGUCUGAUGUGUUCCAGAAACGCUUGUAUUCAUGACCCCAUUGUAUGAUCCUGUAUGUGUUAUAAUGGAUUUAUUUUGGCUACCUUUCUGGUGUUUGUUACUGUGAAUUCCCUUGAUAACAAUAGAAAGGGAUGCAUGAAUGUUUGUUAAUGCCAAGAACUCAUGACCUUGGUUAUGUUCCGAACCGUUUGUAAAAUAUCUUUUUAAGGAUUCGACAUAAGGAUGCAACAGCGUUCAAACUACAUUGUCCUAUAUACAUCACGUGAUUGUAAACAAAGUGUUUGAAAUGAGGUGUCGCCAUGGAGACCAUCAGUGACGACUCGUGAAGCACUGGUUUCUCUCUCACGGUGUUGUGUAAUGGUAUCCUGGGAGUGUCGGCUAGCUGAAACAUUGCUGAAACACUGCUGAAACUAACGCGUUUUACCCGAGACUAAAACUGUCAAGUUACAAAAAUGUUUGUCUUUAGAGUUCAUAUCUAUGCUUGGACUAGUUUUGAUGUUUUUUGAUCUGCAACAUUUGUCAAAAUGUUAAAAUUGACAUGUGAUAUUUUUGUAAUUAAAAGUCUUUGUGAUAUAAAUCGCU